GUCUAUUCCUCCAAUUUUAUUUAUAUCAACAACUCUUAUCUUUGAUUUGCUUCCACUCGAACUGUUUAUUUGCAAGUUCUUCACGAUUCCUAGGCUAAUUUUCGUGCACAAUUUGCACUGGCGUUAGCCAUUGUUUUUGUUUAUUUUCUGAUCACCAACUGUUCGAUAAAAAUCCCCAAUGAAAACAUUUGUAGUGUGAGAGAGCCCUUUUAAUGGAAUCCGAAUUUGAUAAAAGUGAACCUGAGCUGUAUGCUCAUGAAACUAUCUCAACUGCCUGAAGCUAGAAGAAGAAGCACCUGCAUACAAAGAUCAAUAGCACACAACAAUGGCAGACUAUCACUUUGUGUACAAAGAUGUUGAAGAUCUCGAAGAUGAUCUAGAUGAUGACCGAUUCCUCCAAGAAUACAGGAGAAAGAGAUUAGCAGAGAUGAAGAAAGUGGUGAAAAUUGCAAAGUUCGGGUCAAUCAUACCAAUUUCCGGAUCGGAUUUUGUGCGUGAGGUGGUACAAGCACCACCGGAUGUGUGGGUGGUGGUUAUAUUAUACAAAGACGGGUACCCUGAAUGUGAUGUCCUAAUGCAAUGUCUGGAAGAACUGGCAACAAUGUAUCCCGCCACAAAAUUCGUUAAAAUUAUAUCAACCGAUUGCAUUCCGAAUUACCCGGAUCGUACUCUCCCCACUGUGUUAGUUUAUAAUAAUGGUGCUGGGAAGGCAAAUUAUGUAGGUUUAUACACUUUUGGUCAGAGAUGCACGCCUGAAGGUGUUGCUAUGGUUCUGUGCCAGUCGGAUCCUGUGCUUAACGAUGGCCAAAAUGAAGGUGAAGCGUCUAGAGAAGCUGUUCUUGAAGGCGUGAGGAAGAGGUUUAUCGAGAAAGUGAUAUCACAGCAUGAAAAUGAUGAUGAUGGGUCUUCGAGUGACUAGAAUCAUGGUCUUUUUUUUUUUUUUUUUUUUUGUGUUGAAUCUUAGGUUGUUGGUACAAUAUUUAAUAUUUGUGUUACUUUUUUUUUUAUUUGUGUUACUUCGUGUUAUGGACUGGUUUCUGUUUUGUUGUUCUGCCAUUGUGUGCUUCGUUUUUGGUUAUUAAAAUGAAGCAUCCGCAAGUA